AUGACCAUUUCUACUCUACAAUCCUUAUCAGUCAGCGCUUCUGGUUCAUACUUGCAAAAUCCUCUCCAGGCCUACCACAACAGCAAUGGGGACUCUCGCGAGCCAUGUCGUUCGAAUCUGCACACCAGUCAUCACACUACUAGUGGUAUGUCCGAUAUAUUGGAAGUUGUUGACAAUUUCAAUGCUAUGUCCAUCAGAGAUCCAUCUGAUGGUGAAGCAAACCUGAUGAUGGACCUUGUAAGAGCGAAGUGCAAAGUUUUCCAAGCUGAGAAGGCCCUCGCAGAUUUGAUACUACGAGAACAUGAGGUUUUGUCAAGCUUGUUGAGAUUCCAAGCUGAAACUGCAGGGAAGAGGUUGGAUGAUGCGGACCUUGGCCUAGGAUAUAUGCGAGUUGCCUUCAAGAGGCACAGUUGGACUCCUCACACUCAGGCCCCUCUACCCGGACAAGGAUGUUUGCAUGCCGAUUCUUGUGAUAUCGUUUAUAUGUCCAAAAUAUAUGUUGUUGCAUUUGUUUCCGAGAUUGCUGUAAUUGAGUCUACUACUGGUCAAAGCCUGGAAGAAACUGUGACUCUGCACAUAUAUGCAUACUUACCUUCAAACGUGGUGCAGGAAUGUCUUGAUACUGCAAUUUUCGAUGUCAUGGGGACUUCCAUGGACACAAUUGAGACUGAUGAUAGUGAUGGGGGCAAUGGUGGAGAAGAUCUGCGAGAGGGUGAGAAGUUGCGAUUUGUGUUUGGUGGUGACAAAGGAGUCCAAGCAAUGCGCAACAAAAAGAUUAUUGAUCAUGCAGCCAAUAUUGUCUGGAAUGAACAAAAUGAUUGUGAUGCAGAGACUUGCACCCUCGGACACAAGGACAUCAUUGCAUUCGCCAAAGACAAGUUUCUGAACUUGAAGGACUCUUCUAAACGAGCAAAGUGUCAGAAACAGAAGGUGGUGAACAAGAGGAAGAAGCACUACCCAUCAGUCAUUGAAGCAUACACCAAAGAAUAUGGUGCAGAUCUGACACUUCUCUUGGAGACUGAGUACAUGUCUGAAGAGUUAUCAGAGCUCGAAACAGAUAAUGAGGAGGAGAAGAAGGCUCACCAUAAGAUCCUGUUGCAGAAAGCUGGCUUCAUUGGGAGCGAUGAAGAAGAUGCUGUUGUGUGGGAAGUGUUCAAUGACAUCAUGGAGCGGAUCAACAAGAUCAGGUGA